AAAAAAAGGAAGAGAGAGAGAGAGAGAGAGACAUUUCUUCACAUUUCUUCUCUGUCUGUUCUUUUCACUCGUAUGAUUACUUCCGUUCCUGCUCGUAUUGAUGAAAAAUGGCAAAUGCAAUUUCUAGUUUGGUUUUCCCUGCCCUGAUGAUGAUGAUGUUUGCCACUCAUUGACAAAGAAAAAAAAAAGGAAAGAAGAAGAAGAAAGAAAGAAAGAAGAAAUCGAAGUCUUUUCGUUCAGUCGUUCGGGUCUAUUUCACUUUUCCACAUCUGGGUCUUGCAGCCAAAACCCCUUCUUGACCUGCAUUGUGUUGUCUUGUAAUAACCCAAAAGACCAAAAAAAAAGAGGAAGGAGAAAAUAGGGGGUUGGAAAUGAGAAAGCAUGGAUGGCAGCUUCCUUACCAUCCACUUCAGGUGGUGGCUGUUGCUGUAUUUCUGGCAUUGGGGUUUGCUUUCUAUGUCUUCUUCGUUCCAUUUGUUGGAAGGAAGGUGUUUCAGUAUGUUGUGAUGGGCCUCUACACUCCACUUAUUACGUGCGUGUUCUUCCUAUACAUUUGGUGUGCGGCUACUGAUCCUGGCGAUCCUGGUGUUUUCAUGUCCAAGAAAUAUCUUAACAUUGUGGACAACGGAAAAAAUAUUCACCCCAAGGAACCUAAACAGGGUGUUGGAUCUGCUUCCUCAAUAAAUGAUGCCAAUGCUUCAACAAUUCAAGAAAAGUCACAUGAUGUGGGCACAAUAACCACAAAGGAAAUUCAAAAGAACAUUUCCUCUCAUGAUUCCUCUUUUUGCAUGGUUUUGUUUGGAUGGUGCCCUUCUGCUUUCAUAGGGAAUCAAUGUCGUUCACAUGAUCAGUCUUCAGGGCAAGAAGUGAGUGAGGAUGGCAUGUUUUACUGCAGCCUUUGUGAGGUGGAGGUUUUCAAGUACAGCAAGCAUUGUAGAGUUUGCGACAAAUGUGUUGAUGGCUUUGAUCAUCACUGCAGGUGGCUCAACAACUGUAUAGGCAGAAAAAACUACAGUCGGUUUUUCACCCUCAUGGUGUCUGCGCUUCUCUUGCUUAUUCUACAGUGGUCGAUAGGAAUCCUUGUAUUGAUUUGCUGUUUCCUUCGGAGGGAACGAUUCUCUGUGGAGAUCAUCUCCAAGUUGGGGAGCAGUUUUUCUUUGGUGCCUUUUGUUGUUGUUGUGGCUUCUUGCACCCUCUUGGCCAUGGUUGCUACUUUACCACUUGCUCAGCUCUUCUUCUUCCACGUUCUUCUCAUAAAGAAGGGAAUCAGCACAUAUGACUACAUCAUAGCCUUGAGGGAGCAGGAUCAACAGGGCACUGGAGGUCAGCAGAGUCCUCAAAUGUCUCUUGCCAGCUCCCUUACUGGAAUGAGCAGCGCAAGCUCCUUUAAUACUUUUAAUCGAGGUGCAUGGUGCACUCCUCCACGGUUGUUUCUUGAGGAUCAGUUCGAUGUGGUUCCUCCAGAUACUGGCAUUUCUGUAAAUUCAUCAGUUAAGCGGAUGGUGGUAGAGGAACCAACGAGGAAAAGAAGCACAGGAACUGUAAAGAUAAGUCCUUGGACCUUGUCACGGUUGAAUGCAGAAGAUGUCUCGAAAGUGGCUGCAGAGGCAAGGAAGAAAUCCAGAAUCUUGCAGCCAGUGGUGAGACAGGAGGUUCCAUUGGGGGAAGGAGACAGCAGCUUCGGCAGCAGUAGAGGUGAAAUGAUUCCAAGGCCUGAGAACCGUAGGAGAGCUGCUAACAAGCGAGGUAGGCUCAUGGGAGACCUCCCUCAUGAACCAGUUGCAAAGAUAUCAACAAAAGCCACCAAUAGAAGUGAUGUUGGUGCAGAAACAUCAACCAGUUUGGCUCCCCUGCAGCUUGAAGCAAGGAGUGCUUUCCGCACGAGCAGAGCCAUGUCUUCAACUGGGAAUCUUGCAUCUUCUCCUGACAGCAGUCUGGACUCACCUGAUCUCCAUCCAUGUCAUGCCUUGGAGGCACUAGGGUCCACAGGUCUUGCACCUGCUGGUGCCCAGAAGGGUAUUCAGCUCUCAAGGUCCACCAGUGAUGGGUAUGAAGCAUCUGGAGGUGAAGACACUGACACAGUUCCAUCUAGAACUGUGAAUAGGUCAUCAAACUGGAGUAGCUCACACUUCAGCUCUGGUCAUGUUGAAAAAGCUGCUAAAUCAAAGCAUUCGUCAUCUUCUGGCCACACUAACAACAGGAAGCUUUGAUCUGCCUAUUGCUGGGACUUGGAUGGUUAGAUAUUUGGUUCUUAGAGUAGGUUGCAGAUUCAGAUGAUUCUUCAUGCCAAGGAUUCAAUCAACCUCACAUUGCUCCACGUAAAUCAAUCUAAAAUGUACUGCUAAAAACGGUUAUUGGGAGAUUGCUUCCUCCUCUUGAUGGGAAGACGAUGGAGAUUGUACAUGAAAGUCGACUGUGGGUUUCUCUGAGAGGACGUGUUAUAUUGCUUCAGCUUGUGACAGGUUUCAGGGCCUGCUUCUUUGUUCCAAGACUGAACUGACCAGAAAGAAAUUGCCUUUGUACCUUUGAUUCUCUCUCUCUCUCUCUCUCUCUCUCUCUCACGUUUUGUCUCUACUGCUGCAUUGCAUUGUUCACAAACUUCAUUGCCUAUUUGUUGGUUUCUGUUAGAAAUGGAAUUUGCUCA